ACAUUGAUGACCAAUAAGACUUGAACACGUCAGCAGAAUUGACUAUGCCGGCAAUGCCGUUCCCAACUAUCUCCCAAGGUUCUUCCCAAUCUAAAGCCGAAUCUCAAUCAUUUCCAAUUCUAAGUUUCUGUUUGAAUUAUCAACAGAUUCGAUUCCAAACCCACCAUUUUCAAAUUGGAAUUGAUCCCCCAAUUCUUUGGUAAAUGUCCAAGUGUUUCAGCUUCACGGCAUUGCAAGACUGGUGCUACAGAUAUUCAUUCAGCAAUGCCGGUCUGAAAUCGACCACCACCGAUCUCGGCGACGGCACGGUCAUCCACUGCUGGGUCCCCAAAACCCACAACCCCACCAAGCCCAAUUUGCUCCUCAUCCAUGGAAUCGGAGCCAACGCGAUGUGGCAAUGGAACGAUUUCAUAUCCCCACUGGUUUCCCAAUUCAACGUCUAUGUCCCGGACUUGGUGUUUUUCGGGGACUCGUACACGGACCGGCUUGAUCGGACCGAGUUGUUCCAGGCUCAGUGCUUCAUGAGGACGAUGGACGCUCAUGGGGUGCGGAGAAUGAGCGUGGUGGGGCUCAGCUACGGUGGGUUUGUUGGGUACAGCUUGGCGGCGCAGUUCCCGGAGGCGGUGGAGAGGGUGGUGAUUGGAUGCGCUGGGGUGUGCAUGGAAGAGAAGGACAUGGAGGAUGGUAUGUUUAGUGUGGGGAGUGUGGAUGAGGCGGCCAGUAUAUUGCUGCCGCAGACGCCGGAGAAGUUGAGGGAGUUGAUGCGGAUUUCCUUCUUCAAGCCGGCCAAGAACAUGCCAUCUUGUUUUCUUACUGAUUUCAUAGAUGUGAUGUGUACGGAAUACCUUCAAGAAAGAAAAGAAUUGAUCCAAGCAUUGCAUGAGAACAGAAAACUCUCUGAUCUACCAAGGAUUACCCAGCCCACACUAAUAAUCUGGGGAGAACACGAUCAAGUGUUCCCACUUGAAUUGGGACACAGAUUAAAAAGGCAUCUGGGUGAGAAUGCCCAACUAGAAAUCAUAAAGAAUGCAGGGCACGCUAUCAAUGCAGAGAAGCCAAAAGAGCUAUACAAACACUUGAAGGCAUUCCUUAUUGAUACUCUCCCGCCCCAGGAGCACAAAAACAACAGCAGCAGCCGUAAGGUGGACUAAAAAGUUUAGAGAAAAAAUGGAAAUCAAAUCAAGAGCUGCUAGCUUCUCAGUUUCCCCUACAUCUCUUGGACUAAAGUCGCUGCUUAUUGCUUAUAAACACUUGCACAGAAAACAUUUCAUUGCUUCCCAGGAAGUUUUGCCAGAUCAACAAAAAAUCUUGGCUUGAUCGCUGUUGUAAAAGUACAAGUUGUUUUCUUCUUUCUUCUGAUUCCUUUUCCUGAAUUUUUGAAGGAUCAGAUAUCAUGGACACAAAGUCCCCUCGUGGGAGACGAACUAUCUUUCCACAUGGAGGUUAUUGAAGCUCUCUAUUUUUUUCGUGUUUACUUCUAAUAUACAUAAUAUAAGCAUUUGUAAA